AUGUUAUAGGAUCUAAGAAAAUCUGUGCAAAAAAUAUGCAAGUUUCUUGGGAAAGAGUUGGAUGAUGAAAAACUUGACACUAUUGUGAAACACUGUACUUUCGAAAUUAUGAAAUUGAAUCCGAUGGCGAACUACCAAAAUGUUGAAAGUAAAAAUGAAAGUGGAUCAUUUCUUAGAAAAGGGAUAAUCGGAGAUUGGAAAAAUCAUUUCACUGUGGCCCAGUCAGAGAUGUUUGACCAAAUAUUUGAAGAAAGACUGAAGGACUUCCCUUUGAAGUUUAUCUGGGACAGCAAAUAACUGGAACUCAUUAUAUAGACUGGCCUGUGAUGUGCAUCUAUUCAUCUUUUUGACUUUAUUAAAUAAAAACCUACUACUUUUAUAGAUAAACAAACCGGUAGAUUGAUGUAUACAGAAAGGAAUAUAUAUUUGAAAGAGAUUAAUUUAGAGGGCUACAGGGGUAGGGCUGGAGAAUGGGACUAGUCGGGUAGCUCUUUUGGGAGCUGGUACAGGCACGAUGGAUUGAAUGCCCUCCCUUGGUACUGUAAACUCCUACGAUUCAAUUAUUUUAUUUAUCUAAACCUUAACCAUAAACUUAAUGUGUGAAAUUUAAUCAUCCUUUUUCCAGUCAUUGUUGCUCUGGUCUUGUAUUCCACUUUCUUUCUGUCUCGCUCAUCUUUCUAAACUUUCCUUCCCUUUGAAGGCCUUUCUUUCGUAUAAAUAUUUCGGAAGUGCUCAUUCUAUGUUGAAUUCGUCUACCUGACCUGUUUUGCUUCCCAUCAGUCCCAAUUCCUUCCCUUCUUGGUUUUAUUUCUUGAUGAUCGGGUCCUAAUGUGUUUUGGGAAUUCAAUUCCUAUUUUUCCAAUUACUUUCCUCACAUCCCCAUUCAAGGAAAUGGUAGUAACAAUAGGCUGAACUUUUACCAUAUUUUGUGGAAGUGUCACUUCCAUUGAGUUUCAUAAAGAGUUCCUCUCUGGUGAGGUCUAGCGGAUUUUCUCACAAUAUUGUCACAAACUCUCCUCAUUAACUACCUAACAAUGAUACCCCUAUCAUCCAAUACCAACUGUAUUCUACCACUUGCCACUUGCUGGAUAUUUUGGAAUACACCAGCUUCCCGGCACCGUGCCAUCUUUAUAUCGCCACAGCACAACAAGAUAGGUGCUGGCAUUUUGAGGCUGCUCUGAAGGCUGCACACACUUCCAGAGUUCAUGGCUGAUGAGAGAAAUUGGCAUUGCUAUUUGCUGACGAGGUCCUCAAUAUCCUGCUCGAUGAGGUGGUCCAGAGGAGUGACCACCAGAGGAGACCACAACGCCAGAUUCUGUCUGGUCCAGACUGGACCAAGGUAACCAACAGAAUCAGUCUGGUCUCAACCAUCCAGCCAAAUGCCCAGCAGUGUCACAAGAAAGUCAAUGACCCUCUCCACUCUGCCAGGGUAAUGCCACCAAUUUCCCUCCAUUACUUCACAUACACUAUCUUUGCUACUGCACCACCUCCCAACAGGGUUCAUGUUACAACUUUUUCUCUUUUGCAUGCAAUAUUUUCCCUCAAUCACUCUCACUUACCCCAACCCCCACUCUACUAACCCUGCACGGCCUCUGCUCUUCCUACAUAGAUUUAACACACACCAUAUCCAAAUUAAACACUAUGUUCACAGAGCUGGUGCCAACUUCCAAUAAAAACAAAACUCUCUUCCUAAAAUCCACAUCUUUACACGUUUGUUCUGCUCCCUUCAAAUUAUUACAAGGCAAAGUUGAGGGUUAACUCUGAGGUGACCAUUUUUGAAGUAUUGUUCACAAAUGUGUCUUCUAAUUUUUUAAAAAUUCUUUUGCGGAGAUCAGGCCCUUCCUUUUUACCUUCUUCUGAUCUAGUUCCAAUGACUGGCUUUUACAAUCCCUUAUCCUCACACUUGAGAGAUGAUAUGGAACUGAACUAAGGCCCAAGAAAGAUUGAUGAUUAGGACUUUGAAGAAGAGAUACUCAUUCUAAGCACCAAGUUUGGCAAGGAAAUCAGCCAGGUUCUUUGGCCUUGCCGCCCAUUUCUUCCCAGCCUCUGCCUGAAGUUGUCAUUUAAAAAGAGGGAGGAAGUAAAUAUAUUUAACAGUAUCACGAACAAUGGGUUUUCCCAUCGGGUUCCAUGCUCCUACUCAAUUCAUUUCCCAGUUUUAUGUCAUCCUUUAAAUGUACUGGAAUACUGAUAAUGACCUAAAGGCAGAGAAUAGUUCUCCUUAUGCUGCCAGUGAGAAACUGUUCUGAUGCCUAGUCACCCAUUUCUGAACUUGAAUUGUCCAGUUAGAAACAGCAAACUGGCAAUCCCUACCAGGAAAUCUAUGCUAGAAUAGCAGCAUGAGCAACCCACAUAGCACAAAUUCAAAUGGCAUGCAUUCACCAAAAUCAAGCAUAUGUUUCAAAAGAAAGAUCCAGCAACAAUGAUCUGACCAAUAAGCUGACAGCAGAAAUGAAAAAAAACACACAUUUUAUUAAAACUUGAAAAAUUUGAAUAAAUGCUGAGUAAAGGGACCAUGUAUCAAGCAGCGAAAUGGUGAGUAAUUUUUAACCAUUUGCAGUUUGGGUCUUCAACACCACUCUGUGAUAACACUCUCACCUCUGUGUGAGCAGGUUGUUGGUUCAAGCUCUAUUCCAGCAACUUGAAUACAAAAUUGAGUAUAACACUAAGGGGACUGCUGCACCGACAAUGGCCCCGUCUUUUGGGUAAAACGUUAAACUGAUGCUUCACCUUCAUUUUCGAAGUACAAGCUCCUAUGGCAGUAUUCAAAUAGGAGUUUGGAAGUUCUGGCCAAUGUUUAGCCCUUAACUAACAUCACUAAAUGAGAUAAUCUGUUUGUUAAUGCACUGCUGUUUUGGGGGUGCUACUGUGCACAAAUGCUUCUGUGUUUCCUACAUUGCAACAGAGAUUACACACUGAUGCAAAGUGUUGAGGGUGGGGAGGGUGAUGUCCUUUUCUCAUUUAAAUGUAAAUCUUUCUUUUAUAGUGGCAAAAAAGAUUUGCAGAAUUAGUAAAUCUAUUAGUAAUAGUCCAUCUAUUUUAUGCUUGAUUUUAUAUAACGUUCAUAUAUAAUGUUUAUAUAAUGUUCAUUACUUAAAGCAUUAAACCAAAAUGUUGCUCAGUUAGCUGACAGCGAAUAAUAUGUGGCAUGUUAACAAAUAUCGCAAGAUAUUGCAAAUGUUGUCGUAUAUAAUAGCACCAGAUAACUUCUAAUUGUUUUAUUGAUAUACUGUAUGUUUAUUUUU